CGGAAUUCUGGUGCUGGAAUGGAUGGAGUGGAUGGAGGAGCAGUUUAAGAGAGGAGAGGACAGAUCAGUCAAGAAUCCGCCUUCAAUUGUGAUGUGUAAUUUUCAACUUUUUGUCAUCGCUUUUUUGGUGUUGUUCUCAGUGUGCUUCACCAAUGGAGCUAAAUCGAGGCGUUACGAGGAGGAAAACGAACCAAUGAGUCUUCGGGUUGCGCAGCAAAGGAUUUGACUUCACUCACAGAUCUCAUUCCAGUCCAAUUCAACUCCAAUUCGAUUGUUGUUCCUUUGUUCGUACUCCACACUCCUCGAUCCUCUCGCCGUACCCACACCACCACCACCACCACCACCGACGACGACGACGACGACGAAGGAAACCUCUGCCCAGGCCCUUUCGAAUCACCACUUCAACCCUUCGCCUCCUCCACGGCAACAUUUACUCUCGAACUCUUCCUUGCACCCUCUCCUCUUAUCUUUCCAGAAACAUUCUCUUGUCUCCCAUCCAACCACUCGACGCAAUUUACUUACUCUCCGGCACACGCACUUCCAUACAACUUCCGGUGUCCGAACCAGUGAUAUUUAUCCGCUAAUACUUUUGCGACAAGAGAACAACUCUUUUUAAAACCCAACCCCUGUCAAAAACCAAGCAACAAACGGUGUCCGGUGUGUAUACAUAUGUGAAUCAUGUGCUCGUUCUGCAGGUGAUAGAAGGAGAGGAAAAAACUAGUAAAUCCUGUUGAUCAGUGGUCAGUUACUGGUGAGAAAGAGUGCAAGGAUAUUAUUACGAUUGUAUCAAAGUGCCCCAAUUUCGUAACAUUUGUAGCUACGUGAAAACGUGAGUAGGGGUGAGAAAGAGAUUUUCCAAGAUUUCCGAGUUUCACUUCUACCCUUGGUGGUCGUCUCAUAAGAGAACUUAUUCUUGUUCCAAACAAUUUGCUGGCUAGUUUUUGCCAUCGUGCGUGACAGAUAUUUUGAGACUUGUGUGUGACAUACUCAUCAUCAUUCGUUGCCUCAUUGAAGUUAGUUGUCCUGUCCAGUGCGUGGUGAAGGGGACAGUGACACCACGAGGACCCACCACGAGAAAAGUUCAAUGUUGAUGAAAAUAGACCAAAUGGAGUCAGGAGGGUCGAGUGGAGAAGAUGUGACAUCUCCAACCUCCCGAGGCUCACUUUCUCCCCUCCCCCUCAACCGGGGGUCGUCGAUGAAACAGCCCUACAGUCCCCCCAUGGACAGAGGGUCCCCCCUCUGUCCGCCCAAAUCUCUCGCUGCACAACACAUGAUGAACUCAAUUGUUGUCUCCUCCGCCAAAAAUAUGACGCCUGGAAUUCUCGCCAGUCUCAACGCCCUUAACGCCAUGAGCACCGCUGCCGCAGCCGCCUCCUUUCACCACCACGACUUUGGGGGGAACAAUUCCUACGGGGACAGAGGCUUAGAUCGCCACCCGUACGGCAGCCCACCCGCCCCCAUGGCUCCGACGAAUGACCCCAGUGCAAACGAGUGCAAAUUGGUGGAGUACAGGGGUCAAAAGGUUGCCGCCUUCGUUAUCAAUGGGGACACGAUGCUCUGUCUACCGCAAGCAUUCGAACUGUUUUUAAAGCAUUUGGUUGGAGGGUUGCACACAGUGUACACCAAAUUGAAAAGACUGGACAUUGUCCCAUUAGUUUGCAAUGUGGAGCAGGUUCGGAUCCUCAGAGGACUUGGGGCCAUUCAACCCGGUGUCAAUAGAUGCAAACUCCUCUCGUGCAAAGACUUUGAUAUUCUCUACAAAGACUGCACCACAGCCAGUUCCAGGCCAGGUCGGCCACCGAAGCGGACUUCAGUGCCACUAGUUCCCAUUUCACAACACGGCGGACAGUUCCUGUCGAUGAAGAAGCACCGGCUAGAAAACGGCGAUUAUGAUUAUCCCCACCACCACGGCCAUCACAACCCUGCUGAUUUGAUGUCGCUGGAGAAAUCUCCCUUGUUGGCGAAUGGGUACAACCACCCCCCAACCCAACUCCCACCGAUGCAUCUCCUCCCCUCCUUGGCUGGCCAGUCGGCCGCUGCGUUGGCAGCUCAUGCGGCGUUGUUCUCGCCCUCUGGUCUCCCCAUGCCGCCAGGACACCACCCUCGGGAUGGGCGCUCUGGCCCCAUGCAAACACUCGACGCCGUGGCUGCCAGGAACGCCACCUGGGAGACUUGCAGAUCUGCAUAUGAAGACUUUGUCAAACAGUUCGAAAGCAGGUAUCAGGAAGACUGUAGCGAUUCGGAAAAGUCAUCCCCAAGGUCUCCAACCCAUGAAGCAGGAAGUGGAGAAGGGUUAAUUCGAAAUGGCAAUGCAGGCGGAUCUCCUGUGUUAAACCUAUCCAAAAAUAUGCCGGAAGAUGUAUCAGAUAGCGACGAGAAUGCUGCGGACGGUGACUACGACAGUGACAACGAACCCCCAAAUGGAAAUGGGGUUUCAUCCGACACUGGGCUGUACGAUUACGGGGAACGGUCACACUCUCGAAAGUCCUCACAGCCAAAUGAGCUAAAGAGCCCUUCGGAGGAGAGUGGACCUCCUCAUCACCAACAACACCACCACCAUCAUCACGACCCCCUCAAUGCGUCCCCAUUCACUGAGGUCUCCGCAGCCGAGGCUGCCAUUUCCUCAACGGAAAAUCUUCUCCGAAACAUCCAAGGACUUCUCAAAGUAGCGGCGGAAAAUGCAAAGCAACAGGAAAGGCGAAUCAGUCUGGAGAAAGCCGAGUUCAAGAUGGAAAUAAUGCGAGAACGAGAGUUGAGAGUUCAGCUCGAAAAGCAACUGGUUGACGAACGGAAUCUCAGAACAUAUUUUGAGCGGCGUUGGAAGAAGGAACGCCGGAUGCGAAAGAGACUGGAAGGUGAUCAGUGCUCCUCGAUGAGUCGCAGUACAGAAUCUCACUCUCCGUACUCCCAAAAUCAGCACAACAACUCACAUCAGCAACAAGUCUCACCGUUGAUGUCGUCACGAGGAGGAGGUGGAGAGCACAGACAUGAGAAGGCCGAUCAGCAGCAAUCUUCUGGUGGUGGGGACAAGUGUCCCCCAGCGAGUGACCCCUCCGGAGGAGGAAAGUCGACUCCGUGUACGAAUGGCAGCACCUCUCUCAAAGGGGAGUCCAGUGAUAGGUAAUUAUUCACCUUUUGGAGGAGGUUCAAUCAAGAAACAGGCAACAACAGUCAGCUCCAAAGAAAAAAAUAAAUAAAUCUACGUGGACGACGACAGAUCUCUCUCUCUCUUCUCUCUCAUACACAAAAUAUGUUUGUGCAGUCUGCGCUUCUUCUUCGAAAUAACGACGACUAGUGCUAUAUGAAUGAUAUAAAGUAAUUUUAAAUGGUAGCGAAACUUACUUGCAAUGAAAAAUGUUGGCAACUCGACUGAAUUAAUGUUCUUUUAUGCGUUUUUUUCAAGGUUAUUGGGCGAUGAACAGUCCUCGUUUGCUUUUCCUUGCAUUUGUAGCUACACAAUUUGAGAAAAUAGAUAAUAUUUUAUUCGGUGUAAGGAUUACACAUUUAAAACUACUGCUUGAAACGAAGUGUUUGUUUGUGGAGGCUCGUAAAUUGAAAAGGAGAUCUGUGCGGUGGGGGAGUGUGGAAGUGGAUGAUGUUCCAAUAAUCCCGAAAUGUUUGUUUAAAACAGGGCCAUCAAUAUCAGAUCGUCACACAGUUGGAUGCGUAUGUAUUUUCGUAUUUGUGUGCAUUGCAACACACAAAUUUUGGGGUGACAUUGGGUCAACUCAUCGUGCUCAUUCACCAUGAUCUUCUCGAUGAUGUUCCGGAACGCAUCUCUCUCUUUCUAUGCGGAGCAUAAUGUUUAUAAACAAACAUGUCUAACAACACUGCAAAGCACAUAAUAUUCCUGAAUUCGUAUGUUUAUUUGUUUGUGGAGGAUGGAUGGAAUUCUAAUACCUUGUGCACACUCAAAUGCACAACUUUCAGCUUAAUGAGUGCCAUUAGACGACUCGGUAAUCGUUUCCUUUAAUGCAGCCUUCAUUCAUUCAUCAUCAGUGAAUACAUAGAUAUUUGCUGCGGAUUGCUUACUUGUAAUCUACGAUGCAUAACAUGUAGUACGACAGCUGGACUUUUAAUCUUUCACUUCAUACAUUUUAAUUCGUUCUAUAACUGUCGAAGGCUUGAAUUUGUCAAAUUUCGCAAUUUUUGCAAUCUAAUUCAAUCAACUUGCUUGCUUAAUAGGCACGCACACAAAUGUGUACCUAUUUAGAUACGAAUUCCCAACUUUCACCCAAACCCCACAGAACAGAUCACAUUUCGGCUGUAACUUUUACUCGAUUGUUUGAGCCCGUUCUGCCUCCUGUCGCACAAAGGAGUGACUAAAAGAAGAGUAACUACAGGAGAAAGUUUAGGCGUUGGCUUCUUUCUCCGGGUGGGAUAUUGAUCAUCAUCACUUUCAUAAAUGCCGUAUUCUCAUUUUCAUGCCAUUCGUAUGAAAUCGGCUCCUUUUAUUUAACUUUUGCACACAUUCAUUCAUUCACGAGAGUUGCCAACAUUUUGAAGACAAGGAAGUGCGUAUCUAUGCCACGUUAUGAUUAUUACUGAAGAGAAUGACAGUAUUGCAGACAAAGUCAGCCAAUCACUAUAAAGGCCAAAUCAUUUUAUUACUAGUAGUUUUACGGUUAUGUAUUUAUUGUAAAUUAUUGCGAGGAGUAUGCUGUAUUUACGAGGAAGAAAAUAUUUCUUACUAGCUUUUCAAUUGUAAAAACAGUUAAAGUUCACCAGGAGGGAGGAGGAUCGAACAACAAUUAAGUAUUUAAGUACUUACUGAUUUUAGGGACAUUAUUAUCAAGCAAGGAAAUAAGAUUAUACUAUUUACUUCAAUAGUCAAUUACAAAAAACUAGUAAUGUAAUUCUGCUGAUACUCAAGUAGAUGUAAGUGGUCAUUUUGUCUCUAUAAUUAACUCUAAUUGCUACAUAGUUAAGUGCUAGGUUGGCAAGCUCGCAGAACCCAAAUGAGCAAACCAUACCCAAUCUUUUACAUUAUUUAAUAGUAGUAAGUACGACUAGAUAGAAUAAGAAGUAUUGAAAUGGCGUGUGUCAUAUUAUUGAAUGAAGUACGACCACAAAAUUAACUCUUAAAUAUGCGGCAUUACGUGGUUUUGUUGAAUAAUAUGGAAUUAAAUGGACGGACAACCACAAUCAAAAUUUCGAUUAAUGUCAAUAUACGGUCGGUGGCGCAAUGCGGUCUCAUGUUGGGAGUGAUUAUUGUGAUUUCUGCACAGAAUCUCGAACUAAAUUUGCAACAUGUUUAAUUCCCAUUUUGAUAUUGCCAAGUCCGACGAGUUACCAUUACCACGACUAAUCCGAAACCAAUCAUAUUGUGUAGUGAUGAAGGAUGAAAUGCGAAAAUAAUUAGUUUAUAUACAGAUAAAUGCGUAUUCGUUACCAUCAGAUUAUUCUAUGUUCCCUUUAAAUGUUUACUUACUGUUAUGGGCAGACCUCAAUUCAAGCAUAAUGAAUUAACAAUAUUAAUUAACAACCCGAUGAUGAUUGUAGUAGUUUUAGCGGAGCAGUCAUGAAAACUGUUCCGACAAAUGUAAAACGUGGUGCUAAUCCACUAAAGCUUUUUUUCGAAUAUUCUCCUGUACUCCUCUUUUAAAGAAUAAUAUUAUUCACGUUCCAUUGUAGUUGUCCUGCUGCCCAGCUAUCUUUAAAUAAGAGCGAAAUGCAUAUUUCACCAUAUUUCAUGCAGUUAUGUCGUUUGGAGGAAUGAAAUCAUGCAUUAUUAUUCGAUAGUUGGUCAAUUUUAUACAAUCAUAGCAAUCCCAUAGGUAUUCAUUCAAAAUAUCUUCUUUCUGCUGCCAUACCAAAACUUUACAUUAUCCGGUUUACAUUAAAUUACACAAUCAAUUAUUACUCGAAACUUGUACAUAUAAAUAAAUACACGCGGUUGGAUACAUAAAUACGUUCUAUUAUUAUUGAAUCUAUAAUAGCUUCGGUAGUAUUAUACUUCUUGAAACCCACCCAGUUUCUAAUAAAAUUGAGAACAACAAAGUCGUGCUCUCGUCUAAAAAUAAAAAAUACCGUGUAAAUGAAUAGUUGUAGAUGAAUGAUUAUUGAGUAAUAUAAUUGUGAAUGAAGUGUGUGUAUGCGUGCGUGUUAAGCGUUUUGUCUUAAAUUUGAGAAAAAAUCGAAAGGUUGCAUGAUGAUGCCGAUGAUUUUUUUGCAGUACUAUUAAAUUAUAUUCCGGUGAACUCAGAUAUAUUAUCAAGUUUCAUGUAAUUACUCGUGUUAACUGUGUUAUUUUUUUGGUGUAUUUAAAUUUUAGCUGCGAAACUAUGUGAACUGUUAAAAAAUCUUUUGUAUCUAGUUACACUCAUACAUAUUCGUAAUUAAUUAAUGUUAUUACUCGAUGAAAUAGUUACACAUGUGGAAAGUGAAUUACCAAACUGAAACGCUGUAUGAUAACAAAAAGGUGUGAAUUAGUUGUACUUAUUUAUUGAUGACAACGUUACAGAAUAUUAUUAUUAUUAUUAAAUAUUGUUAAUUAUUAGUUGAGAGAGAGAGCAUUAGCUGUGGAGAAUUAAUUUACACGUAGGAGGACGAGGAGGAGGACUUUAAUUGUUUAAAGCGUUUUUGCUUUAGUAACAGUGAUGUUGGAAAACCAUUUACAGUAUUUACAUUUACACCAAUAAAAUUGCAUCGUUGUAUUUGUCGUAUUAUACAAUAAUGACGAGUAGUAUUUGAUCAUUGUGUGUUGUUUGGAAUAAAUAUAAUAAUAGCUAACAA